UCCAUUUUUCUCCUUCGCCCUUAAAUCCCUCAAUUCAAUUCCCAACUCAAGAACUAUAGCAAACCAAAACAAGAUUUCAAAAAAUGGCGUUCUCCGACUGCUCCCGCCAAUUCCCCAUCCCAAACUUCCUCUACUCUCCGUCCACCACCAAUCCACUCUUUGAUUUGGACGCCAUAUCAAACGCAAAUCAUCAGCCUUUACUGCGUGUAUCGCCGUCUGUUUCACCCUCACCAUCUAGAAUCGGAGGUGGAGCAGUUGGUGAUUCGCCGAAGACUUCGUUUGUGAUUCCGGCGCCGAAGGAGAAGAUCGAGAUGUACUCACCGGCUUUUUACGCCGCAAGUGCAGUCGGCGGGCUGAUGGCUUGUGGCUUCACUCACGCGGCUGUUACUCCGCUCGAUAUCGUCAAGUGUAAUAUGCAGAUUGAUCCGCAAAAGUAUAAGAGCACCAGCUCUGCGUUUGGAGUUGUGCUAAAAGAGCAGGGUAUUAAAGGUUUCUUUAGGGGUUGGGCUCCAACCUUGCUUGGGUACAGUGUUCAGGGUGCCUGCAAAUAUGGCUUCUAUGACUUCUUUAAGAAGUACUAUUCGGACAUUGCUGGGCCUGAGUUUACAGCCAAAUAUAAAACCUUAAUCUAUCUUGCUGGUUCAGCAUCUGCGGAAAUCAUUGCUGAUGUUGCUCUCUGCCCCAUGGAGGCAGUAAAAGUCCGAGUUCAAACUCAACCUGGGUUUGCACGAGGUUUGACAGAUGGGUUUCCAAAGUUUGUGAAAUCUGAAGGUGCUCUGGGGUUGUUUAAAGGUCUUGUUCCUCUCUGGGGUCGACAGAUUCCAUAUACCAUGAUGAAAUUUGCAUCUUUUGAAAACAUUGUGGAGCUGAUCUACAAGCAUGCCAUUCCAACUCCGAAAGAAGAGUGCAGCAAAACAUUGCAGCUUGGGGUGAGUUUCACCGGUGGAUAUAUAGCUGGUGUUUUCUGUGCUGUGGUAUCACACCCUGCAGACAACCUGGUGUCCUUCCUUAACAAUGCCAAGGGCGCAACCGUUGGCGAUGCAGUGAAGAAGUUAGGAUUAUGGGGCCUUUUCACAACAGGCCUUCCUCUACGAAUUGUCAUGAUUGGAACACUUACUGGUGCACAAUGGGGAAUCGUUGAUUCCUUUAAAGUUUUUGUUGGGCUGCCAACCACUGGCGGUGUUACUCCGGCACCUGUUCCUGCCGUUGCCAAGGCAUGAAUCUUCGAGCUGAUGGCGACCGAACACAAUCCAUUCUUUUAGCCUGUAACAGGAGAAAUAGGUGGAUUGGUUCCUUUCCAAAACAGGAUCACGGACCUUGGUCACUGUCUUAGAGAUUUAGGUUGCGUUUAGGAUCCUUUUUCACCACGUUUUUUCACAUACCAUUUUAUAAAAAUGUUUAUUUAUUUUAAUUGAUAUUUUACAUAAUUUAAUGAUUAUAUUAGUGUGUAAAAUUUUAAAAAAAUAAUUAUUAAAUA